UUUACAAAUUUAUCUGUGUGAUUAUUAGGCUUUUUCAGGUUUCAUACACACAUACAAGAGCAAACUAAUAUUUAAGUACUUAUCAGGCUUAAUUUAGCAAAAAAGACAUUUCGGAGCACACAUACCUGAAAAUAUUUGAUAAAGUCGUAUCUUCUCAUGAAUAGUAAAAUGAAAUUGAAAUGAUAAAUGAAUAGAAUGCUUAGCAUCAUAAUACAAGUUUGGAGUGAUUUAUAAAAAAUCUGAUUGCUUAACGAAAAAAUUAAAACAAGUUCCCAAAGGCAACCCUACAGUCCACAAUACCGAGCUUGAUCUAGAUAGGAAUGGGUAGGCGUAUUUUAUUUAUGGAAUCAAAUAAAUAAAAAGAUCAAGUUCUUUUCCUCUUUAAGUAGUAAUUUUGCGACUCAUUUUAUAUCAAAGAAUAUUUGAAAAUGAUUUAUUCAUUCUGGCAAAUGAGCAUUAUAUUUUCAGAAAUUCACAUCAAAGUUGUAAAUUGCUUUCAGAUAUAGCGAUUCUCAGUAAGGGGUGUAUAAACACAAAACGUAGAGUCAAACAUUUUUUAAUAUAAUUAUAUUAUUUAGUGUUAUUGUCGAUGAACUACGGAAUUGCAUCUCUUUAAUGCUUCUAUCUAAUAUCCAAUGGAUGAGGAAUUCUUCAUUUGUAUUUACAUGGAGCAACCUCACAAUUGUUUAAGCGUCUCGACGAUUGGCGUAUCGCAAUAUCUUUUACACAAGCCUGUAGUUGGUUGAUUAGCUAGUUGCUUGAAUAAUUGACUAACAGCAUUGAAAUUUUGCCAAAACUUUACCACAGCUAAAUUAAAUUGUCGCGAAACAUAAUUGCAAACUAAUCCUGGCAUCUCAUCAUUUUCAAAGACCAAUGGGAUCAGCGCCUAGCCAAAACGAAUCUGCUUCCAAAGAAGCUUGGGCACGACGUUAAAUAAAUUUGUAAGGUUAUUAAUUUGAAACCCGAAUUGAAAGUCAAGAAAAGUAAAUUUCAACUGGAAGUCAAUAUAACAGUGUAAAUUGCAUAAGGCACCAACUAAACCCUUCAGUAAUAUACUUCAUAUUAAUACAUAUAGACACGAAAGUAAAAAUUUCUGACCAUGUAUUGAAUAUAGAGCCUUUAAGCCACUGAGUUUUGGUUGAUCUGUUUACGUAUCUAAAUUCAGUUAGUUUGUGAUUCGACUCGAUAUUUGUGCAGCAACAUUGUAGGUUACAAUUUGGAUAUUAGCUUUCUUGACUACACAGGUAAUGGACCACUACUGGAUGUUUAAGAUAUCCUUCUUGAGGAUAGUCACUUUUGAAAAAUGAUUAUGGAUCGAAAAUGAACCAAAACCUAUAAGUAUUUACCAGGAUUGUUUAUAUUUAUGAAACAGAUAGAUAUUUUCUAUAAUAUGAUCAAACGUUGGUCAUAACAUUUUCAUAACAUUCAUUAUACUUGGGGGUUACUCCCUAGAUUCAGUUACAAGAUUUAAUUGUUUUCAGCUCAUGUUGUCCACAUAAUUCAUUUUAGAAUCUCAGUUGUAUUGUACUGUUCUUGCUUAAGCUUAAUUUAGUGAUAAUCCGAAAUCUCUACCUUUUUCUUCUGUAUUCGUAUGUCAGAGACUAUCAACUUUGAAGCAGAAAAUAACUACUUGCAUGUAUCUAAUUCAUAUGAAGAAGAGGAAAGUGAAACAUUGAAAGUGCAUAAAUUAAAUUGGAGUUAACAACCAGUUGUAUUGCAUCUAUAAUCCGAUAAAGCAAUAAUGAUAAACCAACUGAGUUCAUUUUUAUUUGAAUCAUAUAAUUCCGUUUGAUUCAUAACACUACUCAUUAUUGUAAGACAGAUCUUUUUUUCAUUAAAGUAAAAGCUUUCUAAUUACAAAUAUUUAACAGAGUGUUGUUAUGCAAUAUAUAUGCCAAAAAACAGCAAAUAAGAGUUUUAAAGGUACCAUGACACCAUUAGAUCCUACUAAACUCCAUUGGAACCACGGGAGAAUACUGCUUAUCUCUAGUUAUGGACUAGGUGCUAGUUAAUACCUAAGGACUCACACAUACAAUCACGGUGAGGAUUAUAAUUUGAAAUCCACUGAGUAGAAAGUAAUAAUAACAAUCAAUUUGUUGUAUAUUGUGACUAUCAGUGAGUAAGAUUGGUGAGUUACUUUUUUCAUUUCGAUAGUGGUGAUUUAUUUGAAAUUGAAGAUGCAAAAUCUGAGCCUUGAAUUCAGUCUAAUUCGGGUUCAUCAGUUCCUUUUGAGAAAGAGUACUUAUCUAGGAGGCAAGUAAUAUCAAAUUUUCCCUGAUUUUUGAUAGCUCACCAGCUGAUUUCCGUUCACAACGAACAUCGUAUUACUAUGCUAACUAACCUUUACAAACUGACCAACUAAAUAACGUUUAUCUUAAAGUAAAAUAAAUAUACAAAAUAAAAAUAAGAAACCAAGCCAAGUGAAAGCCAACAUAUUAUGUCACUGGUGAUUUAGUAGAUCGUUUCAUAAGUGUGAAUAACCUUUAUUUGAUGAAAUAGAUGAACUAACCCUUAAAACAAGUAUGAAAAUACUAAACGAUAAAGAAUUUUGCCCAACUUUUCUCCAUGCUUUAUUUCAGUCGUCUAAUAAUAUUUAUAUACUGUUAGAUAUUCUUCAGAGUUCCAAAUCCUUUUUUUCAUUUUUUUCAUAUGGUCCGGUGAAACAAAAUGCGAUCAUAGAAACAGUGCUAUUCAUCAACUGUUUAACUUAAUUUGUACAUUUAUUUUUUGCAAGAAAUCAUCUCAUUAAAAUUAUUUUGAUAUAGAAAUAAUUUAAGGCGACUUGAUCACAUUUCAUUCAUUACUAUGUUCUACCAAUCCUACCCAACCAGUCGAUUAUCAUUAUGGAGAACAAUUAUAUUUUUGCCACAUUUGAAUGUUCACUCAUUGUAGUUCAUCUAAAAGUUGUUUCUGUUUUAAAUGUGAAACUCAAAAUGUUUGUCAACUACGUAAACUGAAUAUUCCAGUCCCUGUGACAUAUGAUAACAAAGUUGUUAUUAAACAGAAAUAACAAACAGAAAUUGAAUAAGUUCCCUUUAGUAACGCUAUAAUUAUAUAAUAUUGUGGAAUAUACUAAAGAAUAAGGACAGCUACAGAUGGUUAUUUUGAAACUGUUACAGUAAGAGUCAGUAUUGAUCAACCAGUAACAAAAUAUCGUUUCUUUUUAGUUAGUGUGUUUUAUUUGCAUCCACCUUUUUCUUUAUACUAAAAUGUAUCUUUUAGAAGAUGGCUUCAUUAAUGAAAAGCAAUAAUGAAGAAAAACCCAGUUAUUGACCACCAGUUCAUGUAACAAAUGACAUUAAGUUAUUUCAUGUCUAAGUGGUGAUUUUUUAAUGCCAAAUGAUAAGGAAAUGACUUACCAAUUCCCAGCUCUACUCAUUUUGCUUCGGUACUAUGUAGAUUUGCUCUGCUGGCAUAUUCCUAUAGAGGGAUUAUCAAGUGGAAACAUAUUUCGUAUAUCCCUGUCUUUCCAAAUACAGUUUCUAACCCACACUAUCUUACUAAUGAUUGGAAGUAAGCUUUUAGUAAAUUCCAUCAAAACGAACGAUCACGAUUAUAUCAAGAUAUAAGCUAUAUAUAUAUAUCUUUAGAAAUACAUAAAUUCAAAUGUUUACGGAUUUUUACACAGCUUUUAAAUCUUUUAUAAUUCAUCAUUGACUUUUCAAUUCAAAAUAGGAUAUUAACUGAUACAGAGACCCAUUCAUAUCAGUCCAAAUCGGUUUCUUCCGGGAAUCAUAAUGAACAUGUAGUUAGUCCUUUUGAUGAUUUUUGAUAAAUUUUCCAUUGUUUGAGGAUGCACACAUUAACAGACCAACAAAAUCGCUCAACGAGAAAAUGUUUGAGUCACGAUAUUGAAAUUUGUUCAAAUGUCCGUAUGUCACUGAUGCAUCACUGAUUGCAUAAUUUACCCGGGAGUUAUUAUUAAAUAGGUCACUAGUAAUUGCUUUAUUCUUAUAAUAGGAUUUUUACCUUCAGAUUCAUAUGUUGUCAUUCCUAUCCCAAUAAAGCACAGUAGACCUUUUGUCGGUGAAGCAAAAUGUAUUCAGUCCAAUAAAUAUAUCAUUACUAGCUAGACGAUUGAUUUUUGUUGUUCCUUUUUAGAUUACAUGCCGAAACCGGAUAUUUAUUAUUUAGAACCCAAUUUCUUCUAAAUAAUUGUAUAAUGACACAUAACAUUCAUUAUUCUAUGAGAAUAACCCGUUCAAAACUGUUAAUUUUUUGUUUUACAGCGGAUCUCCGUUUAUUCAUAUUUUUAAGAGAAAAAAACCAUUCCUAGGUCUCAACACUACCCACCUCAACUUUUUGGAAACGUUAAAUAAUUCAGUGUAAGAAGUAGUACGUUUAUAUUAUGUUAGAAGUAAAUCCAGGAAAAGUAGAACUUAGUGUUUAUUUGAUAUGAAGGGAAAUGGUUUCUUUUUGAAUCAAUCUAAAAAAUAGAUGUAAUAAGAUUCUGUGGAAUGAAAUUUUUCACUUGAGAAAUUACUUAACUCAACUUAUUUUAAUGUUUGAGUUAACAAUAGAAUCAUCACAAAUAACGUGCUAAGUUCAACUCAACACCUGAAUGGACUAACUGAGAUGUCCUUAAAAGUUAAAGGGAAAAUGGUACUAUUCUGGUCCCCAAUUUUCACGGAAUUACAAAUAAUUUUCGUAAAUAAGAUGUUGCAUUUUCAAACUGUAUUUUGGGUACAACUUUUAAUUAUCAGCCUAUUCUACACUCACAAAGUAAUCACAUCAAUGCCAAUAGCUGAAGAACUAAGUAUUGAGUGUACAAUUCAAUGCGGAGUAGAAGCUGAUAAAUGUCAGAAAGCACAGGCAACAACACAACCACUAAUUGAAGCAUGUGUACAAAAAAUGUUUGAAUGUGUCAAACACUGUACUGGACCACCACCUGUUGAAGAUUAUUAUUAUUACUAACCGAAUAAACAAUCAGUUGAUUUAUCGGUAGUAUGUGCUCGUUUUACGAAGGUCUCAUAAUUCAAUAAAACAAAAGUAUGGCAAAUGUAUUACAGUAAGAAAAUGUUUGCUAUCUAUUUUAAAUAUUAAAAAUUAUCAAUAAACUUCUAUGUCAAAUUAA